GACUCUAUGCUGACGGCCCUAGCGCGUUCCUUCCGCUUCCGGCCGCCCUGUCUCAGAGCGGCGACUUCCUCUCUCUCAGAGUGCUGGACGCGGAGCCAUGGACCACAAUGACAAUGAUUUGCAAGGUACAAAUAGUACUGGAACAUUGGGUGGUCUUGAUGUUCGCCGACGUAUCCCUAUAAAGCUGAUCUCCAAACAGACCAACAAGGCUAAGCCUACACCACCUCGUCCUGCAAGAGACGAAUUUGACUACAAUGAAGAAGAGCGGUAUGACUGCAAAGGUGGUGAGGUCUUUAGUAAUCAAAGGCGAUUCCUUGGACACCUCUUCUGGGACUUCAAGAUAAAUUUUCUUGGAGAGAAGGAUGAUACCCCAGUACAUUUCUGUGACAAGUGUGGGCUACCCAUCAAAAUGUAUGGACGCAUGAUACCAUGCAAACAUGUUUUCUGCUAUGAAUGUGCUCUGUUACAUGAAAAAAAGGGUGACAAGAUGUGUCCAGGCUGUAAUGAGCCUGUGCAGCGAAUUGAGCAGUGUAUACGAGGGUCUCUCUUCAUGUGUAGCAUUGUGCAAGGGUGCAAGAGAACGUAUUUAUCCCAGAGAGACUUACAGGCUCACAUCAACCACCGUCACAUGAGAGCUGGCAAGCCAGUUGCACGCCCUCCUCUGGAACCUGUCCAUCCACCUAUUGCUCCUCCUCCUGCUGAAAUCCCAGAGCGCUUCAUAAUGCCACCUGAGAAGCAUCAUCUGAGCCACAUUCCACCAAAGCAACACAUUAUGAUGCCACCUCCACCGUUGCAGCAUGUGCCUCAUGAGCACUAUAACCAGCCACAUGAAGACAUGCGCGCAUCCCCAGCAGAGAUGUCCAUGGCUCCUCCUCCCCCUCGUUCAGUGAGUCAAGAUACCUUUCGCAUUUCAACAAGAAAACACAGCAAUCUUAUAACUGUCCCUAUUCAAGAUGAUUCAAACUCUGGCACACGAGAGCCACCUCCGCCAGCCCCAACACCUGCUCAUCAUCACCCUGAAUACCAGGGCCAACCUGUGGUGUCCCAUCCUCAUCAUAUUAUGCCACCUCAGCAACAUUAUGCACCACCCCCUCCCCCUCCUCCGCCAAUAAGUCACCCAAUGCAACAUCCUCCCCAGACAGCAGGUACUCCUCAUCUGGUUUAUAGUCAAGCUCCACCACCUCCAAUGACCUCUGCUCCGCCACCAAUAACCCCUCCUCCUGGACAUAUUAUUGCCCAGCUGCCACCAUAUAUGAAUCAUCCUCCUCCUGGACCACCACCCCCUCAGCAUGGUGGCCCUCCUGUCAAUGUAAAUGCUCCCCCUCCCCAUCACUAUAACCCUAAUGCUUUGCCAAAGUUCAAUGAAGACCAAGGAACUCUCAGCCCUCCUUUCACUCAGCCGGGAGGAAUGAGCCCAGGCAUCUGGCCUGCUCCAAGAGGGCCCCCGCCACCACCGAGAAUGCAAGGCCCACCUUCUCAAGCUCCGCUUCCUGGACCACACCACCCAGAUCAAGCCAGAUACAGGCCAUACUAUCAAUGAUAUUAAUAGUAAUUUGAACUAAAGUAUGACAUAGGAAGCAUAGCAUUCUAAGCAGCCACCUUUUAAUGAUUCUGACUGUUUUGGCGAGAGCUUUUUUGUUCGUUUGUUUGGUUUGCUUCGUUUAUUUGGAAACAAACUUGUGACUCUAGAAUUCCCUGGGGACUUGACUCUUAAGGUAAAUUUUUAAAGCCUUGAUUGUAGGACUCUUGGCAUCUGAUAUACUGUAGUGCUAAGUGGCUUUGUAGUUGACAGCUACAUUUUAACAGGUAUUGUACCCAUAGUCUGUUUGAACUGCCCCAGAGAUGAAUAUUUGUAAUAUUUCCUGAACAACUGAACACUUAUUGUACCACUUUAAAGUAUUUUUGUUAAAUUUGAUGGUUAGCUUCAUUUGUGAUACAUUUUAUUUUUUGUCAACCUGUGUAUAAUUAAAUUUAAAAUAUGGUCCAAAA